AUGGGGAAGGAAGAAUCUGAUGAAGCACGCUCAGGACAAGGAACUGUAGUGAAGGUUAUAUAUGGCUGGUACACAGACUUGAAACAGGGAAUAAAGACUGAGAUUUCAAUGUGCGGGGAGAGACUAGAACUGAACUUACUUGCCCAAACGCUGCUGGAACCUGCAGGUCCUGAACGGCCCACGUUUCUCAGGCGACCGAUUAACCAAGUGGUGCUGGAGGAGGAGGCCGUGGAUUUCCGGUGCCAGGUGCAGGGGGAUCCCACACCCACAGUCCGGUGGAAGAAAGAUGAUGCAGACUUACCGAGAGGAAGGUAUGACAUCAAAGAUGACUACACUUUGCGCAUUAAGAAGGCCAUGAGCACAGAUGAAGGAACCUACACAUGCAUUGCUGAGAAUCGAGUUGGAAAAGUGGAAGCCUCUUCUACCCUCACUGUGCGAGCUCGCCCCGUUGCUCCCCCACAGUUUGUGGUGAGACCACGAGACCAGAUUGUAGCCCAGGGUCGAACAGUGACUUUUCCUUGUGAAACUAAAGGAAAUCCCCAGCCAGCUGUUUUCUGGCAAAAAGAAGGAAGCCAGAAUCUACUCUUCCCAAACCAGCCUCUCCAACCCAACAGCAGGUAUUCAGUGUCACCAACUGGAGACCUCACUAUUACCAACAUUCAGCGGUCUGAUGCAGGCUACUACAUUUGUCAAGCACUGACGGUUGCUGGAAGCAUUUUAGCAAAGGCUCAGCUGGAGGUUACUGAUGUCUUGACAGAUAGGCCUCCACCCAUCAUCCUCCAGGGGCCAGUCAAUCAGACACUGGCAGUGGAUGGGACAGCUUUGCUGAAGUGCAAGGCAACCGGUGACCCCCUUCCUGUCAUCAGCUGGUUAAAAGAAGGAUUCACCUUCCUGGGCAGGGACCCUCGAACAUCCAUACAGGAUCAGGGGACGCUUCAGAUUAAAACUCUGCGGCUGUCCGAUACUGGGACUUACACUUGUGUUGCUACAAGUUCCAGUGGGGAGACAUCUUGGAGUGCUGUGCUGGAGGUGACAGAAUCCGGUGGAGCAACAGUCAGUAAAAAUUAUGAUAUAAAUGACCUCCCUGGGCCACCAUCCAAACCUCAGGUCACUGAUGUUACUAAGAACAGUGUCACCCUGUCCUGGCAACCAGGGACCCCUGGAAGCCUACCAGCUAGUGCAUAUAUCAUUGAGGCUUUUAGUCAAUCUGUGAGCAAUAGUUGGCAGACAGUGGCUAACCAUGUGAAGACUACUCUCUACACUGUGAGAGGACUGCGCCCCAAUACAAUCUACCUGUUUAUGGUGAGAGCUAUCAAUUCGCAAGGUCUGAGUGAUCCCAGCCCUAUGUCAGAUCCUGUCCGAACACAAGAUAUCAGCCCACCAGCACAAGGUGUGGAUCACAGGCAAGUCCAGAAAGAACUGGGAGAUGUCAUUGUACGACUGCAUAAUCCUGUUGUGCUGACACCCACGACAGUUCAAGUCACCUGGACGGUUGACCGCCAAUCCCAGUUUAUUCAGGGCUACCGAGUAAUGUAUCGCCAAACGUCUGGCCUACCUUCUCCAGCUGUAUGGCAGAAUUUGGAGGUUAAAGUCCCAACUGAGCGCAGUGCUGUCCUCAUCAGCUUGAAAAAGGGGGUCACUUACGAAAUUAAAGUUCGCCCUUAUUUCAAUGAAUUCCAAGGAAUGGACAGUGAAUCAAAGUCUGCUCGUACCACAGAGGAAGCUCCAAGUGCCCCUCCUCAGUCUGUUACUGUCCUGUCAGUUGGAAACCACAACAGCACAAGCAUCAGCAUCUCCUGGGAUCCUCCCCCUCCAGAUCAUCAGAAUGGAGUCAUCCAGGAAUAUAAGAUCUGGUGCCUAGGUAAUGAGACUCGAUUUCAUAUCAACAAAACAGUAGAUGCAGCCAUUCGGUCUGUAGUAAUAGGUGGCCUAUAUCCAGGUAUUCAGUACCGUGUGGAAGUUGCUGCAAGCACCAGUGCAGGUGUGGGAGUAAAAAGUGAGCCACAACCCAUAAUAAUCGGAGGUCGUAACGAAGUUGUCAUCACUGAAAAUAACAACAGCAUAACUGAGCAAAUCACUGAUGUUGUCAAACAGCCUGCCUUUAUAGCUGGCAUCGGUGGUGCAUGUUGGGUAAUUCUGAUGGGUUUCAGCAUCUGGCUGUACUGGCGCAGAAAGAAGAGGAAGGGGCUCAGCAAUUAUGCUGUCACUUUCCAAAGAGGAGAUGGAGGACUAAUGAGCAAUGGAAGUCGACCAGGUCUCUUGAAUGCAAGUGACCCCAGUUAUCCUUGGCUUGCAGACUCUUGGCCUGCCACAAGUCUGCCGGUAAACAACAGCACUAGUGGACCCAAUGAUCUUGGCAAUUUCGGUCGUGGAGAUGUGCUGCCACCAGUGCCAGGGCAAGGAGAUAAAACCGCUACUAUGCUGUCUGAUGGAGCCAUUUACAGCAGCAUUGACUUCACUACAAAAACUAGUUACAACAGUUCCAGCCAAAUAACGCAAGCCACGCCAUAUGCCACCACCCAGAUACUGCAUUCCAACAGCAUCCAUGAGUUGGCUGUCGACUUACCUGAUCCUCAGUGGAAAAGCUCAAUUCAGCAAAAAAAUGACCUCAUGGGAUUCGGUUACUCUCUCCCAGACCAAGGCAAAGGCAAUAAUGCCUUGCUUUACAUCCCUGACUACCGCGUGGCUGAGGGAUUGGCUAAUAGAUUGCCACACAACCAGUCACAGGAUUUCAGCACCACCAGCUCCCACAACAGCUCCGAAAGGAGUGGCAGCCUCUCAGGUGGCAAAGGAGGGAAAAAGAAGAAGAACAAAAAUACUGCCAAGCCCCAGAAAAAUAACGGUUCAAACUGGGCCAGUGUUCCCCUCCCACCCCCUCCCGUGCAGCCGCUUCCAGGCACAGAGCUGGAACACUAUGGAGUGGAUCAGCAAGAAGCAGGAUAUGACAGUGAUGGUUGGUGUCCACCUUUGCCAGUUCAGACCUACCUACAUCAGGGCAUGGAGGAUGAGCUUGAAGAAGACGAUGAUCGUGUUCCCACACCUCCUGUCCGAGGAGUAGCUUCAUCACCUGCAAUCUCCUUUGGGCAACAGUCAACUGCAACCCUCACGCCCUCUCCACGAGAGGAGAUGCAGCCAAUGCUUCAAGCCCACCUUGAUGAAUUAACUAGGGCUUACCAGUUUGAUAUAGCAAAGCAGACAUGGCACAUCCAAAGCAAUACACAACCUCCUCAGGCUCCAGUUCCUCCCCUAGGAUAUGUAUCUGGAAACCUUAUUUCAGAUUUGGAGACAGAUGUUCCAGAUGAUGAUGAUGAUGAGGAUGAUAUUGAAGAAGAAACUGUAGAAAUCAGUAGGCCGCUAAGAGGUCUAGAGCAUACUCCAGGCUCCAGCAUGGACAAUCUAGACAGCUCUGUGACAG